AUGAAUCAUCCUGUUCAUCUCUCUCUUGUAUUAAUUGCCCCUUCUUUUUCUCAUUUCCAUAUCAGUUGCAUUUUCUCUAUGGCCAUUCUAUUGGAGUUUCUGUUUUCCAGUUAUUUUUCUCUUUCUUCCAUAUUAUUUGCCUUUGACUUCUCUCACUUACCUAUUAUUUAUCUCCACUAUUUCUCCCUUCCAUAUUAUUUGCCCACUUUUUCUCUCACUUUCGUAUUAUUGGCCUUUUCUUCCUCACCUUGUCAUAUUAUUAGUCUUCACUCUCUCUCACUUCAAGAUUAUCUUCCUCGUCUUUUUCUCAUUAUCCCAUUCCUCUUUCUCUCAUUAUUUCCUUCCUCUUUCAUUCAUUAUUGCCCUCCUUUUUCUCUCAUCAUUUUCCCCCUCUUUCAUUCAUUAUUUUCCUCCUCUUUCUCUUAUUAUUUUCCUCCCCUUUCUCUCAUUAUUUGCCAACUCUUACUCUCACUUCCAUAUUAUUUGCUCCUGUUUUCUCUCACUUCUGUAUUAUUUGCUUCACUCUUUUUCUCUCUUCCAUAUUAUUUACCUCCUCUUUCUUGCCAUUCCGUAUUAUUUCCUCUUUCAUUCUCUCAUCUGUUUUAUUUGUCUACUAUUUCUCUCUCUUACACUCCACACUUUCUUUCAAUUUCCUAUUCCUUAACACCUCUUCCUCUCAAUUCUUUUCCUAUCAUUGUCUCCUCUUUCUUGCCCUUCCGUAUUAUUUGCCCCUCUUUCUCUUUGUUCCAUAUUACUUAUCUUCUCCUUCUCUCUCUUCUGUACUAUUUUUCUCCUCUUUAUCUCACGUUCCAAUUAUUUGCCUCUUCUUUCCCUCAUUAUCCUAUUAAUUUUCUUCCUCUAUCUCUCACUUCAGUAUUAUUUGCCUGCUCUUUCUCUCUUCUAUAUUAUUUGCCUCCAUUUUUAAUCACUUCCAUAUUAUUUGCUCCCCCUUUUCUCUCUACUGAAUUAUUUGCCUUCUCUUUCUCUCUUGGAGGUAAGGCCAUAACACCCUCUUCACUUACCUCCUCUUUCUUACUCUUCCUUUUUAUUUGCUUCCUCCUUCUCUCUAUUCCGUAUAAUUUAACUCCUCUUUCCCUUUCUUUCUCUUCCUUUUUAUUCAUCUCCUUUUUCUCUCCCUUCCGUAUUAUUUGCUUCCCCUUCUCUCCAUUCCGCCGACACUUUCUUUGUUUUCUAUUAUUUAUCUCCUCUUUCUCUCACUUUCCUAUGAUUUGUUUAGUUUACUCUUUCUCUCCCAUCCAUAUAGUUUGCAUUCUCUCAAUUUCCCUCCCGUAUUAUUUGACACCUCUUCUUUGUCACCCUUGCUUUUAUUUGUCACCCUUGCUUUUAUUUGUCUCCUUUUUUCUCAUUUUCCUUUUAUAUGCCUCUUCGUUCUCUCCCUAUCCUAUUGUUGGCGUCCUCUUUCUCCCCAUUCUUCCGUAUUAUUUGACACCUCUUUCUAUUACUGCUGUAUUAUUUGCCUCCUCUUUAUAUCAGUUUCCUAUCAUUAUCUUCUCUUUCUAUACCAUCCGUAUUAUUUGCCUGCUCUUUCACUCUCUUCUAUAUUAUUUGCUUCCUCAUUUCUUUCUUCCGAAUUAUUUACCUCCACUUUUUCUCCUUUCAGGUAUCAUUUGCCUCCUCUUCAUCACCAUUCUAUAUUAUUUGCUUCCUCUUCCUUUCACUUCCCUAUUAUUUAUCUCCCAUUUCUCUCCGUUAUAG